AUGACUUUCUCAAAGAUCUCUGCAACUUUUUCCUCCUCCACCUUUCAUUUUGUUCUUAUUUCACCAUCCUUUCGAUUACUUUAUCCUCCAUUACGAUUAUUUUGGUUCGACUUCCCUCUCAGUCUUUCGUUCGGUUCCUUUUUCGUUCCCCACCCUACAUUCGGUUCGUCUUUAAAAUCUCACAUUUUAUUUAGCUGGGGAAGCUUUUUUCUUUCGAAUUCUGUCUCUUCCUUGAUCUUUCACUCGGGACUCUUUCCUAUUGCAUCACCUUUUCAGUUCUUCGUUUCAUUAUUUCAAAACCUUUGCAUCAGUGAAUUUUCGUUUUGUUCCUCUUUUCUAUUCAAUCUUUCAUUUAAACCUCCCUCCCUUCCUUCCUUCCUUCCUUCCUUCCUUUUCAUCCUUCCUUUUCCUUCCUUCCUUCCUUCCUUCCCUUUCAUCCUUCAUUCCUUCCCUCCUCUUCCUUCCUUUUCAUCCUUCCUUUUCCUUCCUUCCUUCCUUCCUUUUCAUCCUUCAUUCCUUCCCGCCUCUUCCGUCAUUCCUUCCCUCCUCUUUCUUCCUUCCUUCCUUCCUUCCUUCCUUCCUUCCCUUUCAUCCUUCAUUCCUUCCCUCCUCUUCCUUCAUUCCUUCCCUCCUCUUCCUUCCUUCCUUCCUUCCUUCCUUCCUUCCUUCCUUCCUUCCUUUUCCUCCCUUCCUUCCUUCCCUUUCAUCCUUCAUUCCUUCCCUCCUUUUCCUUCCUUCCUUCCUUCCUUCCUUCCUUCCUUCCUUCCUUCCUUCCUUUUCAUCCUUCAUUCCUUCCCUCCUCUUCCUUCCUUCCUUCCUUUUCAUCCCUCCUCUUCCUUCCUUCCUUCCUUCCUUCCUUUUCAUCCUUCAUUCCUUCCCUCCUUCCUUCCUUUUCCUCCCUUCCUUCCUUCCCUUUCAUCCUUCAUUCCUUCCCUCCUUUUCCUUCCUUCCUUCCUUCCUUCCUUCCUUCCUUCCCAAUCUUUUUCGUUCCUCUUCUGA